AACUUACAUCUUCCUGCUCAUUAAUAAUUGUUUAAUGUAGGUUAAUUAAUACAAUCCUGGGAAAAUGGCAGCAUUAUAUAAAAAUUGGCAAGGAUACGCCUUAACCGAUAGUACACGAGUAUCUACUCAUUAAUCUUUCGCGAUGGGCAAUUUAGCAAUUUUAACUUGCUGCUAUAACAGUAUUAAUUAAUUCAAGCGAAGUCUCGCGUUGUUAACGUUACCUUUCAGACAUCUUGCAUUCUCCAGUCUGAAGGCAGAACUGGUUACAUGCACCAACAGAGAAACGGAGUGAACGACAUCAACUAUCGUCCGCGUCCUCGUCGAGAUUCGCUCGCGGCUGGACAUUCGCACGCGAGUGUCCUAUAGGCAGCGGGAGCGAGUUCACGUGCCAGAGACUCGCGCGGACCCUCGUCUCCCCGGUGUCCAAGUGUCGUGCGUCAUUCCCCGUUUCUGCGUUUUGGUUUUCCACCGAGGCAACAUGGCAACACCCGCCGCCGUUAAUCCGUCGGAGAUGGGCACAGAUCUGCCCGGUCCCGUGACCAUGGCGGGCGCCGUGGUGGGCGCAGGUCAGGUCAGGAUGGCGGGCACCAUGCCGGGCCGAGGGGGCAAGAGGAGGUCAGCAGGGAUGGACUUCGAUGAUGAAGACGGAGAAGGACCAAGCAAAUUUUCAAGGUAUGAUGAUGAUCAGAUUCCUGCUGAUAAGGAGCGUUAUGCCAGGGAAAACCACAGUGAGAUCGAGCGGCGCAGACGCAACAAGAUGACACAGUACAUCACGGAGCUGUCAGACAUGGUGCCCACGUGCAGCGCGCUGGCCCGCAAGCCCGACAAGCUGACCAUCCUGCGCAUGGCCGUGUCGCACAUGAAGUCCAUGCGGGGCACGGGGAACACAUCCACAGAUGGCGCCUACAAGCCGUCCUUCCUCACCGAGCAGGAACUCAAGCACCUCAUCCUGGAGGCAGCCGACGGAUUCCUGUUCGUGGUGGCGGCCGAGACAGGCCGUGUGAUCUACGUGUCGGACUCAGUCACGCCCGUGCUAAACCACCCGCAGUCGGAGUGGUUCGGCAGCACCCUCUACGAGCAGGUACACCCCGACGAUGUGGACAAGCUCCGCGAGCAGCUCAGCACUUCCGAGAAUUCCAUGACCGGUCGAAUCUUGGACCUGAAAACGGGGACAGUGAAGAAGGAGGGACAGCAGUCCUCUAUGAGGAUGUGUAUGGGCUCCAGACGUUCCUUUAUCUGCAGAAUGAGGUGUGGCACUGCACCACUGGAUCACAUCUCUCUCAAUCGCCUGUCCAACAUGAGGAAGAGAUACAGGAAUGGUCUGGGCCCAUCUAAAGAAGGGGAGGCACAGUAUUCAGUGGUACACUGCACUGGUUAUAUCAAGGCCUGGCCCCCGGCAGGUAUGACGAUCCCUGAGGAGGACACGGAGGCAGGGCAGACCAGCAAAUACUGCCUGGUAGCGAUUGGGCGACUGCAAGUGACAAGUUCUCCAGUUUCCAUGGAUAUGAACGGGCUCUCUGUGCCAACAGAAUUUCUGUCCCGCCACAACUCAGACGGCAUCAUUACAUUUGUGGACCCCCGCUGCAUCAACGUGAUUGGCUACCAGCCUCAGGACCUGCUUGGUAAGGACAUUCUGGAGUUCUGCCAUCCCGAAGACCAGAGUCACCUGAGGGAGAGCUUCCAGCAGGUGGUGAAGCUGAAGGGCCAGGUGCUGUCUGUCAUGUACCGCUUCCGGAUGAAGAACCGCGAGUGGAUGCUGAUCAGAACCAGCAGCUUCACCUUCCAGAACCCGUACUCCGACGAGAUUGAGUACAUCAUCUGCACCAACACCAACGUCAAGCAACUCCAGCAACAGCAGCAGGCUGAACUGGAGGUUCAUCAGAGGGACGGGCUGACGGCAUAUGAUCUGUCACAGCAGGUGCCCGUAGCCGGUGUACACGAGGCGAGCAAGAACAUUGACAAAACGGAGACGCUCUUCUCCCAGGAGAGGGACCCGCGCUUCAGCGACAUGUAUACGGGCAUCUCCGGCCCUGAUAAGAAGAUGAUGGUGCCAUCAUCCACUGCAGGCGGACAGCAGCUGUAUUCCCAGGGUAGUCCUUUCCAACCUGGGCACUCAGGAAAGAAUUUCAGCUCGUCGGUGAUCCACGUUCCAGGGGUGAACGACAUCCAGUCCACGGCUGGCUCGGCAGGCCAGAACCUGGCCCAAAUCUCCCGACAGCUCAACCCGGGCCAGGUGUCCUGGACGGGCAGUCGGCCGCCCUUCUCGGGCCAGCAGCAGCUCCCGGCCCAGUCCGCCAAGGCCCAAUCGUCCCCGUUCGGAAUCGGCUCCGGCCACAGCUACCAGGCGGACCCGUCCUCCUACAGCCCCCUGUCCAGCCCGGCCACUUCCUCUCCCAGUGGCAACGCCUACUCCAACCUGGCCAACCGCAGCGCAGCUUUUGAUGUGUCAGGGGAGGGCAGUCAGAGUGGUGGCCAGUUCCAGGGUCGGCCAUCCGAGGUGUGGUCCCAGUGGCAGAGCCAGCACCACAGCCAGCAGACAGGAGACCAGCACACUCACCCCCAGCCCAGCCAGUCCGAGGUGUUCCAGGACAUGUUACCCAUGGCAGGAGACCCUACCCAGGGGACGGCCAACUACAACAUCGAAGACUUCGCCGACUUGGGCAUGUUCCCCCCGUUUUCCGAGUAGUCCUGGACUGACCUUUCUGUCAGGGUUGUUCUUUUCCCGGGGGACUGCAGCAUCGAUGUCACCCUCCUCGUCCAUCUUCAUCUCCAUGGUCACCGGCGGUGACCUCAUCAUCUUCACCAUCAUCAUCCUCAUCUGUCCUACUCAAGUACACCAGCGCCUGCGUACACGAGUAAAGGGCACUGCGUGAACGCUGGCUGUGUUGGAAUGGUUCCGUUCACGGGCAUCACGUCUGGUUCUCUGGCAAGCGUGCGCGCAUUACGAUCGCCCCCUUUUGUCAAACCGGUUUUGCACAGGUACGCACCCAAAGAGGAGGAUAUGAAGACAACGAUUUUUUGACACGCUUCGACACGUUCCUGUGUAUGCUAAGUGCUCUCCAUGACCGUCUGUGCUGA